GUCCCCUGUAGAGCAGUGAGCCCAUAGACGCUCCUCUCUGGGCAGCCAUGUCUGCCUGUAUCUCCCUGAUCUUUAGAUGAAAUACUGAAAUCAUACAGUAACAGCUUCAAUCAGCAGGGCUAUGAGAAGAAUGAAUUGAAAGAAUAUAUCAACGUAGUUAGUGUUUAUAACUAGAUUAAAUGUGGAGCUGCUUCUUUACUACACUCAUACAAGUCUUCACUAUCAUUAUUAGGGCAAGCAGAUGUUAGAAGAACUUAUUUUUCUUAAAUUGCAUCAAAGUCAUUCUAUGUUCUUUCUUUACCCCUUAAUUCAAAGGCUUUCCAGUACUAUACCCUUUAUUUAAACACAUCCUUGUAUUUGCCUUAACUUAUCUCAUGAUAUAAUUGUCUCCUGCUGAAGAGGGGAAUUGCAGUUUUAUUUCUAUUUCAAUUACACAUUAGAAUUGAAAAAUCUUUGAAAAGAGGAACAGUUACAGAAACCUGUAACAUGUCAUUGAUUUCUUAAUAUGUACCAGAGAGAAAGAAGGAUAUACAUAGUUUAGAAAUAAAUCCCACUGCACGUGGCCUCAUAUAAAUAAACAAUAAAGUCUAUAAUUCUUAAAAUCAGGUCAGUCUGUCAAUGAACAUCUGCUAUUUUUUCCACCUUUUGAAUAACUAGCACUAGUUCUGGGUCUCCCAUUCUUCCCGUUCUGCCAUGUCUCUCCUCGCCCCACCCAUCUGAAGGCGCUCUCUGGUGGUCUUAUCUGUGAAUCUAGAAAACACCACCUCCCAGACGGGGGGUGCAAUGAAAAGUGGAUCAUAUUCAGGGGCCAAGGCGUUGUGAGGACGGUCUGAAUCAAGAUUUAUUUUAUUGUGAUGAUGCAUAGUGUUGGCGUGUCACUUGGUAUGUGUGGAAGUGGAUGCUGCGUUACCGCUGGAUGCUGAGGUGCUGGAGACAGGCCGGAUUGAUAAAACACUUGUGUAUCGUGGAUGGAACUCAGGGCUAAAACACAUCAAAGACGGUGACUAGUGAUAUAAAGGGAAACAGACCGAUAGACAAGUCUGUGCUCCAGCGACCGGACUGACUGACUGAACUGAAGGCAGCAUCGACGACAUGUUCUGAGCGGAGAGCGGCGGCGUCUGGCGGGAUGAAGGCGCCUAGGAGACCGAGGCAGACGCGCCUCCUCCCGCGGUUCUGCGUCUGUGGGGUCGGUCUGCUCGCAGCCGCCUGGAUCCUUCACUUAAAUGAUAAAACAGGUGCACAUGGACCCUCAUCAGACAUCUCUCUAUCUGAGAGAGAGCUCAUCCAGGAAAAAGAGGCCAACUACACCAACACUAUUUCUUCAUCCGCUAUCGGUGAUUUUCCUGACGACGUCUUUACUCUACAGCAGAGGAGACAUGGAGCGGUGCUCCUUCAUGUUCUUUGUGCUAUCUAUAUGUUCCAUGCACUUGCCAUCGUGUGUGAUGUUUACUUUGUGCCAUCCCUGGAAAAAGUAUCGGAGAACCUACAGCUAAGUGAGGACGUUGCAGGGGCAACCUUCAUGGCAGCUGGAAGCUCUGCCCCUGAGCUCUUCACCUCUCUGAUUGGGGUGUUUAUCACAAAGGGAGAUGUAGGUGUUGGAACUAUUGUUGGAUCUGCUGUUUUUAACAUCCUGGUUAUCAUUGGCAUCUGUGGCAUCUUCUCUGGACAGACGAUCUCUCUCAGCUGGUGGCCUUUGUUUCGUGAUGCUGCAUUCUACAUCCUGUCCAUAGUGGUGCUCAUUCUGGUUAUCUUUGAUGAAAAAGUCCUAUGGUGGGAAACCAUUAUCCUGAUUUCAAUGUAUGGUCUCUACAUACUCAUCAUGAAGUUCAACAGAUCUCUUCAAAGCCUGGUAGAGAGACACUGCAGCAGAGCAGGUCAGCCGUGUCUGAGCAGUCUGCGGAGGACAACUGCUGUCGGAAGCAUUGGAGACUGUGACAACGACAUGGUGCCACUGAAGCCAGGUGCUGGAGCUCGUGUUUAUUCCAGUGUGGUGGCGGGACAGGAUUCAGGUGUGGUGAUGGUGGAUGAGCUGCUGAACAGGCACCCCCACCAGCUCUCCUUCUCAGAGGCAAGCCUCCGCCUUCUAAUAACCCAGCAUUUCCCCCCCUUCACCCGCCUGCGCAUGGCAGGACGCAUGGUCAUCAACGAGAGGCAGAGGCUGAUUAGAGCCCGGGGAGGCUCAGAGGAGGGAGGAGCUUCAGGGGAUGAAGGUGUUGGUGCUAAUGGGACUGUGGCUGAGGGAAACAAGCAGCCGCCAGAGGGAGAGAGGGAGAGGGAUAAAGAGACGGUGGGGGAGUCUGAUGGGGGAGCACAACCAAAAGAUGAGGAGGAGGAGGAGGAGGAAGAGCAGGAGGAAGGAGAUGAAGAAAACUCUCCUUUCAAACCCUUCGUCCUACCAGUUGGUUGGUGUAUGCGUGUGAAGUGGCUGCUCUCGUGGCCGCUGAGCUUCCUGCUUCACUGCUCCAUCCCCAACUGUAACCUGCCGCGGUGGGAGCGCUGGUACCUGCUCACUUUCCUUGCGUCCACACUCUGGAUAGCCCUCUUCUCCUACCUCAUGGUCUGGAUGGUGACCAUCAUCAGCUACACAUUAGGAAUCCCAGAAGUCCUCAUGGGCAUCACUUUUUUGGCAGCAGGCACUAGUGUCCCCGACUGUAUGGCCAGCCUAAUCGUUGCCCGACAAGGGAUGGGGGACAUGGCUGUGUCAAACUCCAUUGGCAGUAAUAUUUUUGAUGUGCUGCUUGGCCUGGGCUUCCCCUGGGCGCUGAGGACUCUCAUAGUCAGCUAUGGAUCAGAGGUGACAAUAAACAGCAAAGGCUUGGUGUACUCAGUGAUUCUGCUGUUAGCCUCUGUCACUCUCACCGUCUUGUGUGUCCAUUUGAACUGCUGGAGGUUGGACCGCAGGCUUGGACUCUGUCUUCUUCUGCUCUAUGCCAUCUUCCUCCUCUGCUCCAUCGCCUUUGAGAGGCUUUAGAGGACACAUGCUCCCCACAUACAAAGUACCACAAAACAAGCCAUCUGACUGUCACAUUCACUGCUGCCAUUAUUGAUCACAUGUACGGACAGAUGACUUUCCACUUAGUUUCACAUCCUGAAAGCUGCAUUGUUUACUUUUGAUAAAUAGAGUAUUUGACAUGGAUUUGUACUGAGCGCCUCCAGACGAGUUUUUAAAAUCAAACCCAGCAGAUGAUGCACUAUGUCCCAAAAAAUGUAAAAAGCAUUGGAUUUGUAUACUGAAAUUAAGAUUAUUGUACAAGAAACCCCAGAGUGUUAGUUUACGUAUUAAUACUAAAUGACUGCCACAAGUAACCUCAGAAACCAGAUGAUUAUACGUGUAAGUUUAUAUUGUUGCUUCUCAGUGCGUGCACUUUAGUUUCGUCAAGUUUAUUAAUGUCACGUUUUCAACACGCAGUUGUAAACAACAUAGCAUGGCUGAUCAUCACGCUCCAGACAAUUGCACUUAAGCCACUGUUGUCUUAGUCUUUUGCAUAACAAGCCCCUCUUCGUUCUACCAAAAGCUUUGCAGUGUAGGUUGAGGUGUUUUUAUGAAGGACUGUAUGCUUCAAGGUGUUUUUUGAAUGUCCGUGUUUGGAGAGAGUCCUUGGGUGUGUGUUGUUGAGUGUAAUAAAAUGUUUUAUCCUGUGAAGUUUAA